UUACACUUUGAACUUGUACUUGGUUUGUUAAACUGUGUCAAAGUUGAGUGCGCGUGUCCUGGACCCAAUUUAGUGGUGCUUGCGCUCAAUUUUUCAUUCAGAUUCGAGUUAGAAAUCUCGUAGAAUUCUCUGAUUUUGGCAUCGUUUCCGGUGCCAUUGUUUUUGUGCUUCCUUGCGUGCUUCCUUUUCCUACGUUGGACCCGCGCCCUGUCCCAUCCCAUCCCUGGACAUUAGAACUAACGGAAUGACGCACUGGGAGGAUUUCUACAAUACACAUCUGCCGCCAGCAGAUUUCGAGGAUAAUCGCUCGUUGCUCAAGGAAUUCUGCGAGCGACACAAUAAGCUACAGAAUCGCAUUGUCCUCGUCACGUCUGGAGGCACCACGGUUCCCUUAGAGCAUAAUACGGUGCGCUUUGUGGAUAAUUUCAGCGCCGGAACACGAGGUUCCGCGAGUGCUGAAUACUUCUUGGAUCACGACUAUGCGGUCAUCUUUAUGCAUCGCCACAAAUCAUUGGAGCCUUUUACGCGCCACUUCACUGGUCAGCAGUUCUUCGAUAUGCUGGAUAUUGCGGACAACAGCCAGAGUUCCACUAUAGCCAUCAAGCCGGACUCUGUCGAUGUCUUUGCGCCGGUGCUGGCCAAGUACAAAAUAGCGAGGGAGACCCAAAUGAUUCUCUAUGUGAACUUCACCAGCGUGGUCGACUACAUGUGGCUGCUACGCGCAGCCUGCGAGUGUCUGGCUGCGUUCGAUGAGCGUGCAGUUUUAUAUUUGGCAGCUGCUGUCUCGGAUUUUUACAUACCCGAGGAUAUGAUGCCAACCCACAAAAUGCAAUCGGGAGAUGGCGCACCAACGAUUUCACUGCAAUUGGUGCCGAAAAUGUUGGCUCCGUUGGCCAGCUUGUGGGUGCCACAUGCUUUUGUGGUGUCUUUCAAGCUUGAAACGGAUGAAAAUCUAUUGAUCGUCAAGGCACGUGAUAGCCUCAACAAAUACAAGCACAAGCUGGUGAUUGCCAACGUCCUGCAGACACGCAAACAUCGGGUUGUGUUUGUAACCCCAACAGAUUCCUAUGAGCUGCAUUUGAGUCGCGAGCAGGCGCUGCAAGGACUAGAGAUAGAGGAGCCUAUUGUGGCCGAUGUGGUACAAAAACACGGUGACUUCAUCAGCAGCGCCGAACAGCGUCAAUGACCAAUGUCGAUGCGCCGCCGGCAACAGCAACAAUACCAGCAGCAGCCACACCACCAGCAAAUCCAACAUAAUCAGCAGCAGCAGUAUCGCCAAAUGUCGAC